ACGCACAUUCCAAUAAGGGUGGCAGCCAUUUUGGCCACACUUCACAACUCGCUCACUACACCCCGAAAUUAUAUUUUCUUCUGUUAGAAAGUUAACUUCUGAUGCAACAAGAAACCUUGUGUGCACCGUAAUUUUAGCGGACUGCCCCAUUUAGUGAAUAAUUGGAAAAGGAAAAAUUUGUACACGCUAAAUUUUUGAUAAAACUGCGGAAACACUGGUCUUUACCAUUUUAAGAAACUGACAACAAUCAAAACCGUAUUUUAAUGAGUCAAAUACAUCUAUUUCGAUAAGCCGACCGUCAGUUUGGCACCACUUCACACAACUUGCUCAUCAUACCGUCGUCUCUGGGGAUAUUAAUUUGUGCCAGCAUAACACAUUUUUCUGGAAAUGUAACCAAAUUUUAGUGGAAAACACAACCCAAUGUGGUCAAUAAUUGUGAAACGAUACCAAUAAUUUGACUCCACUCCGCCCCUGGUCCGAAUGGGAGUGGCCGAAAGAGCCAAAGUCCGGGGUCAUCAAUAUCUGACGAUGAGCGGGGCAUCCAGAAGCGCUCUCCACCUUAGUAUAAAAUGUAUCAAAAUAAAUACAAUUAUUUACAAUGCAGAAAUACGUACUUGUCAAAUCUACCAAAUCAUGAUGGCGCGCAAAAAUUACCCUGGACUCGCGAGACGAUAAGUCGUAAUCUAAGAAAAAACAAGCUGCUUGAGUCAUACUUUGUCCUACAAGUUUAAUUACCGUGAACUGAUUUAAUCAUCGGCCAAACGUGUUGGCAAUGGCAUCGAGUAGAAUCCUUGAAAAUAUUAUUAACGAGAAUCACGAGGCUCUCAUAAAAGCGUUGGAUGUGAGUGAGUCUCUGCUAAGCUAUCUCGAACGGAAGAAAAUUAUCAACGAUGAAACCGUGGACUCGCUGGGCAAGACUAACGGAAAAGAGAAUAAGGCCGUUAAAUUACUUAAAAAUCUACGAGAUUGUAGGACCGAUAAAGACAUAGAAGAAAUUAAGCGUGCUCUCGAUGAUAGCUGCAACAGCAAAGCUCUUGAAAUAUUUGACCAGUACAUGGCAGCCGGUUCCCCAGGCCAACAUGGAAACCAAUCCAUUUCCACACAUCUAGAUGAUGAACGAAAACAAAUACAAACUAAUCAAGAAGAAAUUCAGUUCUUACCAGUUCCAAAACCUGAUAAAGAUUUCACAGGUAGGACUAAAUUUAUGAGUGAAAUAAUCAAAUCCCUCACGUCAUGGAGCACAGAAAACUCAAGUCAUCAGAUCGGCUUCCCUUUUGUCGACAUACACGGUCUCGGGGGUCAUGGAAAAACACAAACUGCACAGAAAAUCGCACUAAUAUGUGCAGAACAAAAAUUAUUUUCUGGCGUGAUCUGGAUAGAUGCCGAACAACAAUCUGGAAUAAUCGAUAAAAUCACAAGAGAAUUAAAAAACCAAGGAAUUAAAGACUUGUCAGAAAAUGACGGGAUAUUACUUGCCAAUAAACUUUACGAGUUACUAAUUUCAAAAAAUCCACACAAAUUCCUAGUAAUAUUUGACAAUGUCGAGUCAUUUGAAGAAAUCAAGAAAUACUUACCACUUAACAAAGAUUUGAAUAAUGUUGCCGUCUUACUAACAUCGGUGGAGAAAAUUUUAAUUCAAGAUGAAAUGGGUGAAGUUAAGACGUUCAGGGUGGACAUUUUGGAAGAAGCUGAAGCUGAGGAACUGUUUCGUAAAAUAUUACAAGAUAAAGUUUAUUGCGAGCCAGAUGAGUUAUCUCAUCUUGUCUCAGAGUCUGGAAGAAUACCAGUAAUUAUCCGUGUCAUGGCAGGAACCAUCGCCAGCGUUUGUAACCAUAGAGGCUCUGCCUACAAGAUAACCCAGUAUCUGCAAGAAAUGAAGGAUAAAUCAAGUCUUCAUCUUAGAUAUCCAAAUGACCCCAAUACCAAAGAUGAUCUCAACUUGCAAUACAAGAAAAGCUUGUACGUUUGUGUCAAGAUUUCCCUGGAAAAAUUACAAAAAUCCAACCACGAGUAUGCUACCCUUGCAAUGCAUUUUAUUGAAAGAUGUGCCUAUUUCUCUCAUGAGUGUGAUCUUGACUAUUUCCUGGAUCAUGUCACCACUAUCAAACAAGAUAUAAAAGAGAUAUCAAGGAAAGCAUUGGUGCGUCUUGAACCACAAGAAAUGCUAGAAAAUGCCAGUCAUCUUCUUUCAUCAUUAUCUUUGGUCAACGUCCGACCUUACGAAUUUCGCUUUUCAAACUAUAAAAUUAAAGUAGAAAUACAUCGCCUCAUUCACAGCACAUUGAGGUUAAUACAGGAGGACGAGAAACGAGACCACGCCAUAAUUAAGGAACUCAUCGUCUGUGAGGAUUUUCCAAACCAUAAGUUUAGCACAGACGUGAAUCUGAGGGGAUACAACUUCCUGAGAGACAAGUUUUUUGACUCUACUCCCAUCGCAAUUCUUUGGUCCCAUGCAGCAAACCAUGCAGACCUGGUCAGAGAGCAUUUCAUGGAUAAAGGAUCGUUGCCAGUUAUGAUUUCCCGCGGUCUUUUUAGCCAAGUCAAACAAAUAGUUAAAUUACUAGGAGGAAAGAACGCAGCCAAGGAAAUAAUACAGAAAGGGUGGAUCGAUCCAAAUGGAUUGCAAUUAGCCUUACUAAAGGAUUUUAAUGGACUUGGACGUGAUUUUGUACGACUACUAAAAGACAACCGAGGUGAUAUUGCCAAACCACUCUUGACCGAGGUGAUAAAAGAGACUUUAGGUUUUUGCGUAGAAAGGACAAACGUUAAUGUGGUAACCUUCUUGGUGAAGGAGUUCGCAUUUGAGUUCAUUUUUUUCACAAAUGAGAUUUACCAAGGUCGUUCUUUACUUUGGCUAGCUAUAGUUAACCGGAAAUGAGACAUUGCGAACUAUUUAUUGGACAAGAAUGCAAAUCCAUGUAUCAAACACAGAGGUGGGGCAACUGCCUUACACAUUUGGGCAAGUAUGGCGAAUAUCCUGGCAACCCGAAUUGUGUCAAAAUGUCCAGAAUUAAUAUACGAAAAGGAUCAUGGCGGAAAAUUCCCUUUCAUGAUAGCGGCUGAGUAUGUAAAUCUAAAUGGUCUUAAUUUUCUACUGGACAAUAUGGAAGACCCAAAUUCUCACAUUAAUUGUCCCGAUAAGCAUGGAAAUACUGCUCUGAUACUUGCCAUUAAAGAUGCUUAUAGGGGACCAAUUUCGGAAGUCAUCCAGGUUUUGGUAAAGCACGGAGCAGACAUUCAUUACAUAAAUCCUAACACUUUAGAGAAUGCGUGGCAUUAUGCAAUUAGUGGGAGCAAGUUAGAAAAACCCGAAUUAUUAUUCUCUCAAGACAAUACGUGGGAUUAUGCAUUUUCUUGGAGCAAUGUACGAAAAUCCGAAUUAUUAUUCCCUCUACUCAAAAUCUUACUAGAAUAUGAGGUUUCACCAGAUUUAUUAGAUAACAAAGGCCGUACAUUCUUUCAUUCGAUUCUGAUCAGCGAUAAUCUCCACAUGCUGAAACCCUAUAUUACUCAGUUCUUGGAGUUCUUCGUUUCAAAUAAUUUGGAAAGAAUAUUUUAUUGCAAAAACGGAGAGGGUCUGACGGUUGUGGAACUUGCUGAGAAACUCAAAAUAUAUGAAAGUAGUGAUGGCGAUAGUUUAUUGGAUGUUCGGAUACCAUUAGAUGAGAAAAGGGUCAUCGCAGAACCAGACAACAUACACGAGUGUAACGUUUCAAAUCCUGAUGAACUCGAUAUUAGUGGAAGCGUAUCUUCAAGUGAUGAUGAGUAUUGGCAAGAUAGAAGGGACCUGCUAGAUAUAAUUAUUGAUUUCAUUAAGAAAUUGAAAUCAAAUGAACUUAACGUGCAAUGAGAUUUAUUUGUAGCGUCCAAAAAAUAAACAAAUUAUAAUUAAUUUGUGUA